AAGGGCGGGCCUUGGAAACGCACAGGGCGAGAGCAAUCACUAGGCUACUACCUGGUGACAUGUAGACGGCUGUAGCCUAACGAAAGAAAAACUAUCAACAAUAAAACAAAUAUUAGGCGCAGUCCUCUUUUCUACUUUUUUCGGUCUGAUUCAAUGGGCUACAAAACGAAUAGACUGAGCAGGCAAGAAGGGACGUUUAGGUUGGUUAAAGCCAUGCGCUCACCCAGACUGAACAGUGCAUUUAUCAAAACUAACAGUUUUACUUUGUAAACUCAACAGGUGAUAAAGAGCAUCGGUUGAAUAUUCGUGGGAGCGUGCACUGCAUCUGAAAUAGCGGUUAUAUCAGUUGGCUAUUUCAUGAUUGCCUACAAAUGCUGACUCAAUCCUUGUCUCUGGGACUUGGUUGGUGUGGAAAUGUAGACACAGUGAAAGUUUGAUAGCAUUUUUGGGACUCGAAAGGCUCACGAAAACUUCCUUCAUUCAUAGACCCAGAAAGAAUUCCCCAGAGACCGUUGUCCACGCGCCGUUCCACUGAAAGCACAAUGGAUAAAAAGUGUCCUUAGCCUUCUUUAGAGCAACCCGAACACGACCUUCAUUUAAUCUCUUGAUAUCCGUCUCCAGAGUCAGCAGUUCCAAACGGUAGCAAAACCUGUGGGCGAAGUUUCAAACGGACCGCCUUCUGGGACAUCAAGUCUGCAACUUUGUUACUGUUCGCUCAGUAGCGAAUUUCUCAUCGUGUGGUGAAAGAAAGAUCACCAGCUGUCUGGGAAGAUAUUCACCAAGCUUGACUUUACUUGAAACUUUCUGACUGGACCGUUGUCCCGGCGGUGACCGGCAGCAUGACCGAUAUAAACUACUCAACCUUGGACGAACCGUCUCUACGAAAUUUGCUGGAGGGGACUCUGGACCUGGAGGAGCGGCGGGUGAUCCGAUCGGCCAUUCGGGACCUUCGCAGGCGGGAGAUUGAGGACAUGGAAGCAGCCCUCCGCAGCAAGCGCUUCAGACAUGGCCACCAUCACCAUGACGACAAGGAGAACCAGCACCGGUCAGAAUUGGCAGAGUCAUUGAAUGUUCUGUCAGGAAAGCUUCAGUCCAUCCAUGACAUUGAAGAGCUCACAAGGAUGUUGAGAGGAGCCAUGAACUAUGAAGAGAGGAAACUGAUCAGAGCUGCAAUCCGUCGUGAAAGGGAGCAAGAGAUCCAGGGGGCUACAGCGAAGAUUUCGGGCCAUCCAGCGGAACGGAGACCUUCCCAGAAUUCUGAGCAGCUCCGGCCAAACUCCGAUAACGUGGAGAGAGAGAGCACAGAGGAGCGAGAGCCAAUCAAAGCACCGGUCCAGCAGCUCAACAGUCAAUCACUUCCACAGGACCAAGAACUGCACCCAACAGGGCCCUCUUCUGAUAUGGUUCUGGUUCUGGACCCGCUGGUCAGGGAGAAGGUCUCUGCUCCCCCAGGGUCACGGCCUCCGCAGGACUCCCCGACCUCCGACCCGGAAGUGAUCCCCUCCUGCCCGCGCCAGCGCUGUGACUCUGGCCAAUCGGAUCGGUCUAAUGGCAGCUUUGGGCGUCGCCCGGGUCGGGACUCCCCGUGCUCUGAGCGCAGCGCCCAGCGCGAGAGCCCGUCCCCCUCCAGCACUGACUCGGAGGUGGAACAGGAGAAGGACCCCCAGCCCAGCGCCGACGCACCAGACGGAGCCGCGCUCUCCACCAAGGCCCUGGGCUCCAGCAGCCUGCCCAACGGCCUCCGAGACUGCAGCACCGAGCAGGUGUCUGUGACCAGAGAUGCCCCUCUUACCACUCUUACCAAUGGCAAGGAGACAGGCUCCAGUAGAGUGGCUGCUCCACUGGCUCGGCCCAACUCCGUCCGGGACCGCAUGCGCAAGUUCACCGAGCCCGCCCAAAUUGAAGCCCCACCCCCGAGGCGGGGGUUGCAGCGCUCCGUCCGCCCACUCUCUGCCCACCUCGGCGAGAAAACAGGGCGCCCAGAACCUCAGGCUCAAAAGAGCCCCUCCCCUGCAGCUCUCGUCCAAUCACAGCAGGCCGUGGGCGGGACGGGAAAGCCCGCUGGAGGGGUGGACGUGGGGGGCCAGUCGCAGGGAGGCAGCCCAGAGCCGGAGAGCCCUAAGACGGGGAGAGCCGUGACAGCCAGUCCCGGGGAACCAGAGGCCCAGGAGCAGCCACCCGAGACACUGAGGCAGGCGGACGCACAGGACCCGGCCGACGACAUGAAGACCUUCCUGACCAUCGAGAUCAAAGAUGGACGCACCACAAUCAAUCAGCAGCCUCAGACCAGGACCAUCACACACAGCAGUGCUGGGCCACAGAGAGCAGAGCUGACGCUGGGCCUAAGAGCCACUCCUUUCAAGAUCUCCACACAGAGCAUCUCCACUGGGCCCUCUUUCAAGGUGGAGUCGGAGCCAGCCAUGUUCGUGGUGGAGCCCUCCGUGCCCAACGGCUCCUCGGCUAAAUCCCUGACCUCGGAUCAGUCCCGGAGCUCGUCCACCAUUGCUCGGGCCCAGGAGCACACCAUCCGCGUGGUCUCGGACCAGUCCCACGCCUCAACCGCCCCGGCCAGAGCCCAGGAACACGCCAUCACGGUGAUGACGGAGCAGUCCCACGCCUCCUCUACCUCCACUCACGCCAAAGCUCAGUUGGAGAGCAGUGGGCGGAUCACUGCAGAGCAGCUGGAGGCCAUUGAGGAUGAGUUGCUGCUGGAUAAAAUGCUUGAUGAAUCCAAAGACUUUGAGGAGCGCAAACUGAUCCGUGCUGCCAUGCGGGAUCUUCGGAAAAAGAAAAGAGAGGCCAAACUGGGAUGCAGUCAGGAGGAGAUCGACCUCCGUGAGAAGGAGCGGGAUCAGCGCCUGGAGGAGCUGAGGAAGCAGAGAGAGGAGCGUGCUCAGAAGGGCAAGGCGGGAGAGAUGGUCACCAAAAAGGUGGAGAAGUCAGCCGACGGCUCGACAGUCAGCCAGGUCACUAAGACCAAUCGCUUCGCCCACUCAGAUGACGGCAGCAGGUCAUCCCGUAGCAGCGUAAUGGAGUCCAGCUAUGUGCAGAAGACGGACAAGGGGCUGCUCCAGAGUAAAUCCUACAGCUAUUCGUCCUCAUCCUCCAGCUCUGGGAAGAAGGUUGGUAGUGUGUUUGAUCGUGAGGAUGACUCCGCAACGGAGCGCCGACGGAUUGAGAGGAGUAAGGAGCUGAUGAGGGCGCAGACGAUGCCCAAGAGCACAGCCAAUCAGGCGCGCAAGGCCAUGAUGGAGAAGCUGGAUGCAGGAGGUGCGGGUAACCCUGCUGUGGCGCGGGUGAAUAAGGUGCAGCGCUCCACCAGCUUCGGUGUGCCCAACGCCAACUCCAUUAAGCAGAUGCUGCUGGACUGGUGUCGUGCCAAGACUCGUUCCUACGAAAAUGUGGUAAUCCAGAACUUUUCGACGAGCUGGUGUGACGGCAUGGCCUUCUGUGCGCUGGUACACAACUUCUUCCCCCAGGCCUUCGACUACGACAGCCUGAGCCCCGCCAACCGCCGACAGAACUUCCAGCUGGCCUUCAGCACAGCUGAGGAGCUGGCAGACGUGCCGUGUCUGCUCGACGUGGAGGACAUGGUGGGCAUGCGCGAGCCGGACUGGAAGUGCGUGUACACGUACCUGCAGGAGUUCUACCGGGGCCUAGUGCUCAAGGGCCUUGUCAAGACCAAAGGCUCGGCCUGACCUGACGGGCCACGCCCCCACGGGAAUAUGCUAACUGCAUGCCUCUCUUGGAGGUCGAGGACAUGAUGAUUAUGGGGAACAAGCCAGACUCCAAGUGUGUGUUCACUUAUGUACAGUCGCUUGUCAACCAUCUGCGUCGCGUCGAGAUGCGCUCUCAAGCACAAUCUGACAUGUGACCUGCCCACACACACUUCCUUCAUACACAGAGUGACGCUGUUUUUAAAAGAAAAGAAACUAAGUUAUUUUAUUGUUUUAACCUCAAGAGAGCAGUUCCCUCCCAACAGUGAUAUCAGGACUAAAAUUAAGAUUUUUUUUUAAUAAGCAAAGCUAAAUGAACGAUGUGUGUACUGUAUGUAGCUGUACCAGAGGAUAGCAGAGGGCUGUGUGUAUUUUAAUUCCCUCGCUGAUGCUGUAUUUGAUGUUAUUUAGCAUCCACAGGCGUACAUGUGUUAAAGAGUAACAUGCAGACUUGUUCUGUUUCCUGUGUUCAUAUUAUUGGAUGGUGUUCAGAUUCAGAUGUUGUUAUUAUUAGUUCUUGUUAUUCCAGAAUGUUGUUAUUCCAGGAUGAUUUUUAUUUAAAUUGAUACGGAACACAGGUGUGGAGCGCAGUUGGCCACACUGCGGACUUGACAUCACACUGCUGAGACCUGACGUCUCAGCCACUGAGUGAGGUAUUCUGAGAGAGAACUCCAGAUUGCAGUGUGGGGUCUUUAGCACACACACACACACACACAAACACCCUUGCACAAGCAUGACACACUCACUCACACUCGAGUGUCUAUUUAUGGUUGGAUUGUUUUGUUGUGUGGGUGUACAGAUUCACGUUGACACAUUUCACAUACUUUUUGUCAUCCCAAAAAUGGCAGACUACUGCCACAGUCCAAAGCUAGUGGAAUCCCUUAAGUGUGUUUGUAUUUUUAUAUCUCGCUCACAAGAACUGUGGGGAGCCGUGAGCAAUAGCUAUGGGCCAGCUUUUUGGAUUCUAUAAGGAGUAUGAAAAAUUAGCUCUGUUUGUUUUGUAAAGAGUUUAGCAUCCCAAGGAUAGCUGCAGUGAAGCUGGUUCUGAAUCACUACCGUGUGCCGAGUCUGUCCCUCACUGUUAGUAGAUUCUGUACAUACUCAUAAAGAUUGCUUAGCGCUAGCGCAUAUCCCUCUCUGAAACACGUCAUUUAACCAUUAAAACAUACUUUAAGGAACUAAA